AUGACACUCACUGAAGAGCGGCGUAAAGCCGAAGGCGGCAGCAAGCUAAACGGGUCGAUUGUCCGCAGUGCCGCUGGCGCGAUGUGCGAGCGAGCCGGCUACGGGGGCUCGAUGGGCCACUUCCCCAUGAGCCACAUGACCGCGAUGGGCGCCAUCGGCACGAUGGGCGCGAUCGCGAUGAACGGCCAGCCGCAGCAGAAGAAGGCGCAGGAGGAGCACAUCAAGAGGCCGAUGAACGCGUUCAUGGUGUGGUCGCGGCUGCAGAGGCGGAAGAUAGCGCAGGACAACCCCAAGAUGCACAACUCCGAGAUAUCCAAGCGGCUGGGUGAGUUUACAUUU